AUGGACAAUCAAAAUAAUAAUAACAACUAUAGUAGUAGCUAUGAUAAAAAUCAACAACAACAACAAAGGUGCAAAUUGCACAAUAAAAGACAGAUGUUUGUUUGUUAUGACUGUCAUCAAAUUGUUUGUGAUGUCUGUCUGGCUGCACAACAUAGUAGACAUGACUUUGAUCAUUACAAUAAUAUAAACUCACAAUACAAUAAGAACAAGAGGAUAAAGAGAUUCGAUGAUAGAUUGGACACACUGUGGGAGACUUUGCAAGGAUUGGCAUGGUCCUACGACACCAUUCAGAUCUCACACAGACGCGUUGCCAAUCAGUUCAGGGAGCUGCAUGAGUAUCUCAUGUUGGUCGAGCAGAGACACAACAAGACACUCAACGACGAGUUUGAAAAGACGACAACAUCAAUCAACAACAUCAUCAAUGAGAUUGUCAUCAUCAACAACAAUGUGAAUGUCAAUGGCAUUGGCGGUGGUUGUACAGAUCAAGAUGAUGAGAUGAAGAACGAGGUGGACGUCAUGGAUAAGCUGGUGCAAUCGAUACUCUCGUCGAAGACAAUGAAUCAAUUCCUCGAGAAGGAGUUCACGUCAUCGGAUGAGGCCAUGCCGAGCGAGGGUCAACUGCUGGACUUUGUUCGAAGGGGAUCGCUUUCGAUUCGAGACACAUACUCUGUGACCGAGGCACUACACAUGGAUAUAGAUAAGUCUGGUUUGGAGACUAGUUUGAAAGGGAUCUUGAACAGUAGCUUUACAAUGCUAAAGGCUCCAACAAGGAUAGAACAUGGCUUCAGGAAUCACAUCUUCUCAUUCUGGAAUGACUCGUGUUCAAUGUAUGCAUUGGACACUGGUGAGUGGACUGUGAUCGAUGACAAGUUCACACCUAGAACAAGAAUAUUCAGAUCGGUUGUAUAUGCGCGAGGCAAUGUCUAUGUGUUUGGAGGCCGCGGAUCACCGAACACAUACUCUCGCUUCUCACUCAUCGAUCAGAAGUGGCACAAUGACCUUGAGAUCAUCGGUGUCGAUGGUGGAACGAACAUAUCAACAUGCUACGAUGGUGACAAGCUCAUCUAUCUGGUCGGUGGAUUUCAAAAUGACAAACUAUUGGAUCGAAUAGAUUGCUUCAACAUUGAUACUCAACAGUUCUCGGUUGGACUAACAACGCCAUCAAUAGACUCCAACAUAUUCAUUCAAUAUAAUAAGAUCUUUAUUGUUGGUGGCUUCGUCGACACCGAGUCCAAAGUCGCACUCACCGAUGUAGUGGUGUUUGACAUUGCCAGUCAAAUGUGCGAGCUCCCAAUCAAGACCGUGUACCGACCCGAUGCAAGCAUGAUCUCGGGAUUCAAUGGCAAAGACAUCAUCUUUAUUGUUGGCAAUGACGUUGCCACCGAGGUAUAUCUGUCCAAGAAGAAGUCCGACAACAGGCCAAUCGUCCACACUGGUUAUCAUUCCAAUAUUCCCUGUGUGUACACCCAAUCACAUGGACUGCUGUUGAUCAAUGGCGAAGGUGAUAACUUCCGUCUCUCCCGAAUGACCGAUAAGUGGACACCUCUCCAUGGCACUGACCCCGUGGAGUCAAGGUUAAAGUUUGGGACAUGUCAUAUAAGUCAU